AUGGUCGCCGCCGCCGUCGGCGAGGCGACCCCGCCCCCGGACCUCCCACCCUCCCGCGUGUCCGUCUCCUCUCCCUCGCCCUACCCCCGGCGCCGCUGCGCCCUCGCGAGCCGCUUCCGGGAGCCGGCGGCCCCGCGGCGGCACGCGUGGGUUUCCCUCCAGGGUUGCCUUAUCGGGGCGGAGGAGGCGUCGUCUGCCGCUUCGGCCGCACCGGGCCUUCCCCCGGAUGAGGCGGUAGCGUGGGAGCUCUUCAGCCCGCUCCAUCGCGUGCUUCUCGUCGCCACUGUCGCCGCCGCAUCCUCCCGGUCCCACGCCGCCCGCUGCAUAGAGCAGCUACAGCGGUCGAUUCAUCUUAGGGAUGAGGUGCUGGAAGGCAUGCAGCAGAAGCUGGAUGAUCUGCUCGUCGAGAUGAGCUCCCUACAACAGCAGUAUGUCAAGUGCGAUAGUUACAUUUCCGAUGAAAUGGAAAUGAAUGAUAUUGCAGGCAGCAAGAAGAUAGGAGAUGGAGAGGGAUAUAGAUCCUGUGUGUGCAUGAAGCUAGAGGCUGCUGCCACUCCUCAGAAGGCAAAGGAUCUCCGCGGGACAGAUGAUGCUAGUUGUGAUAUGGUUGAUAGGCCUAGUCUAUCUUUCAUAGAUCAUGAAGAGCGCCGUAUGUCAGACUUCUCAGACAUCUGCUGGAGUGUUGUGUCAUCAGUUGAUAACCAGAUAAAUGGGGAUAAUCAGCUAAGUUUCCUGGCAGCAGAUCAACAACUGUACAAUCUUCAGAAGGAAUGUGAAGAGAAAGAUGCAACCAUCAAGGAACUAGCUGCAGCGGCACAUGCAUCUAGUACUGCUGAUGCGAAGAGAAUUGCAGAGCUGCAGGAAGUUCUUAAAAGGAAAAACAUGAUGAUCUCUAAAUUGAAGAAAGACAUGGCUGCUCUGAAGCAUAUGGUUGUUGAAUUGUCAAGGGCUAAAAGAGCAUCUUCUGACAUAAGUCCAAUAUGCACGAAUCUGCCAGUGAUGCCAAACAAUGUUCUGUAUGAUAUGAGCAGUUCUAGCUCAUCAUCAGAUUCUGAAUCUCCUGUUGCACUAAGAGAAUACCUUGAUGAGCAUCUUGUUGAUAGCACUCCAGGAGAUGUUGAUUCCAUAAGGAGUUGUGAAGUAUCUGCAGCAAUAGCAUCUCUUCCAUCAAAAACUUCAUUCGUUCACAAGCUGCGCUCAACUAGCCCUUUAAAAGAGAUUCGUAUUAACCCAAAAGUAGAAACAAAUUCGUUUGGCAGACAGAAGCAACCUACAUCUUCUAAUGGAGAUUUUAAAAGGAUUAGACGACAAAGUCAGCAAGAUCCCAGGAAUAAAGCUACAAGAAGAUGGAUGUAG